AUGUCCGUCUAUUAUCUCCGGAUGCUUGAGCGCUUGCAGCAUCGAUUAAACCUUUACUCUGGCGGGCUGGAGUAUCUAGAGUACGUGCCUGGCGGUACUCAGGCAAGCGUUGUCACCGUCAAUACGUACGAUGCGGUCGCACUGACGUGGACUAUACUGUCGAGCCUGCCAGCCCCUCACGACCACGUCGGCGGCGCCAUCGUGGCUGAUAAGCUGUACGUGAUUAGUGGGAGACAGAACUUUACCGUUGCCGACCCCGUAUAUGCGAUGGACUUAGCCGCUAGCCAGCUAGCGUGGACGAGCAAGGUGCAGAUGCCAACUGCGCGAGGAGGCCUGUCGUUUGGGGUGAUUGGAAAGCGGAUCUUCUCGUUUGGUGGGGAGGGGAACCCGGAUCCUGGGUCGAAAGGGGUGUUGAACGAGCCGGAGAUGUAUGAUGUUCGCAGCAAUAUGUGGAUCAAAUUGGAGCCCAUGCAGUAUCCAAGGCAUGGUACUUGUGCUGCAUCUGGAAUCAUGCUUCAGAACGAGAAAGACCUAUCACUUCGGCAUUCCCUGCGUAGUAUGGAUGUAUUCUGCCACGGACUGGCUUUGCAACGGGUUACUGCUGACGACGGCUUUCCCUUCCUACAAGCUGUAUGCGAUAACGGGCUGCUUGUGAUAAUGGACUACGGACUAUUGCUAAUAACAAGCUUUCUCCCUCGACGAGCUGAUCCGGGCCACGGGUAUGACUUUUACCCGCCACAGACUUCUCAUGAUCGUUGA